UUGUGGGAUUUUAACUCUUUUAAGAAAUACAGGAAAACCCAUGGCCAUGGAAUGCUCGCCUGGAGUCACAAGUUAGUUACUGUCUAGCCGGGGAUAGAUCUGUGUAUGGAAAGAGCCUGUAAUUCCGCUCCCUUGAAGGAGUUGAUGGAGAGGGGAAGGGGGCUAUUUUUGGAAGCUUCUUUGGUGUGACUUAGUGGAUUCAAACGUCAGAUCUUGGACCUGAGCUCGUCUCUGAAAAGCCGUUGCUGACAUGAAGCAAGACUUCCUGGAAGUGACAUGGCAACAGGCAUUGGAGAGGUAUUGGAGAGAGACCUGGAGUGUCCUGAGGCCAUACAAGAGCUGCCAGUGCUGGUAGAGAGAAUUCUAAGGCUGUCGAGGGAGGACAUGAAAAAAGAUGCUGAAGUGCCACAAAGCGAAGAGGAGGUAAACAGUAGCUCACACGGGCUAGAGAAGGAGGAGAGGAACACACUGCACGUCAUCGAGAAGGAUCUAGACGAGUUUGUGGAAAGCAUAACUGACACACCAGUCGUCACGGAGAAGACAGUGACGAGGGUAGAAAGGGUGGAGGAGGCAGCCAGCUCUGCUUCGCCACAUGUUCCCAAGACCCUUCCAGUGAAAAGGAAGGCCGAGCCCCGCACCAUCGGCCCCAUGAAGGAAGAGGUCCCCUGGGAGUGCCUUACUCUCAACAAGUGCAUUCUCAUCGCCUCUUUUGUCGCUCUGCUAAGCAUGGGCUUCCAGGUCUUCCAAGAUGUCAUCGACGUAGAAGACGAGGUUCCUGAAGCAGAGUCCAGCCUGUGGGCCCAGCCUGCGUGCAGCCUUCCCGAGGAUGGUGCCGGCGAGAGGGGAGAGCUGCGGUUUUUCAAGAGCUGGUUGAGCUGGUGGGAGCCGGAAGCAGCAGAAGAUCCUGAAGCCAAGGUGGAAGGGACGCAGCAGGACUCCCCAGCCAGGGCAGAGCGGAGAAGGGGCCAGGAGAAGCCGAGCGCGCUGGAGAAGGAGGUGGAGAAGCCCAGAGAGAGUGAGGUGGCUCAGCCAGAGAGAGGCAGCAAGAAGGGGAUGCAGCCCAGAGACAGGCCCCCCAAGGGCCAGGCCAGCAAAAUGCACAGGGCCCCCCCAGCAGGCUCUGAGGAGGAGGAGGGGCAGCAGCGCAGCAGGAAGGAGGGCAAGCGGAGGGAGGGGAAGGAGCAGGGGGAGCGGCCCAGGCGGGAUAAGGGGAAGGGUCGCCACCCCAAGCCUGACUCACCAGCCCAAGGGCCAGGCCACAAGGAGCACCGGCAUGAUGAAAGCGGGAAGCGGAACUCUAAGAAGCAGCAAGACGAGCACAAGGGCCGGAAGCCUUGGGAGCAGCACAAGUUCAGGGAAGGCAAGAGGCAUGACUGAGAACCUGCCCCCUCACGCCUGAAUAGUCUUGAGCAAUGAGGUUGAACAACACUAAGUUUGGGGGCACCCAAAUUCCCUGCCCCCCAAGGCUCCAGCCUGAAGGCAGCACGUAAUCACCCCAGCACCAGGCUUUCCUUUCAUCCCCGAGAGCCACGCUCACGUGAGAGAUUUGCUGGCCAUUGUUUUUUCCUCCCUAGACAUUGCUUGUUUGCUGAGUUCCCCAGGAAUUAAACACAGCUGCCAUUGAUAACCCUACCUGCGGUGACAGAGCAGCAGCAUGGUUUUGCAGUUAGAGCCACAGACUGGGCAGUGGGAGAUCCGAGUUCUGCUCCCAGCUCUACCCCUGACUUGCUGGGUGGGGCUGGGCAAGUCAUGUCACUUCUUUGUGCCUUGUGUUUCCCCAGCUGUAAAAUGGGGAUGAUGAUACUUAGCUAAGGCCCAGGGGUUGCUGUGAGUGCAGGUGAGAUGCUUUGAGAUCCCUGAAUUGGUGCUGGGUAUCGCUGCUGGAGUGGGAGCAUGGACGGUCUUGUCAUGGGCCUUAGGUGCAAAUUUGGACUCCCCUGAAUUCGAUGCUUAAAGGAGAGCUGAAAAGGGGGGGAUGAGUUUGUCCUUUUGUGCUUCAUGAGAGGUCCCCCAGCCCCACCAGAAAUAUUUUUCUGCUUGUUUUGUGACCUUACAAAUAAUCAGACUGUCCCGGUAUUGCUGGAGGACUCUCUGGAGGUUUUGCAUGUACAAAGAGCUCUCUCAGGGUCCACAGAUGCCAGUUUUUAACCUCGAGAGCUUUUCUCCCAACUGUUUGUCAGACAUCUGAAUUAAAUUGGUGUUAACAAAACCAAACCAAAA